AUGGCCGAAGCCAAGAAACUCAAAAUCUUCAUGACCGGCGCCCACGGCUACGUCGGCUCCUCCAUAACGCGGCAAGCCCUAGCCAGCGGCCGCUACGCCGUGCGCGGGCUCUCGCGCAACGCCGCCAGCGACGCCAAGCUCGUCGCCCUCGGCGCGGUCCCCGUGCGAGGCGACCUGACCUCUCUCACCCUUCUCCGCGACGAGAGCGCCGCCGCCGACGUCGUCAUCCACCUCGCCGACCCGUUCACCCGCGACCUAAGCAACGGGUACGACCCCGUGGUUAAGGCGCAGCGCGCCAUUGCCGACGCGUUCGCCGAGGGCAUGGCGGGCAGCGGGAAGCCGCUCCUGAUGGCAAGCGGCACGUUGAUGGCGAAGCCGGAUCCGGAGGGAGGCGAAACGGACGAGACGGCGCCGUAUGCCGAGAACGCUAUCGUGUCGAGGUAUCUUGUCGAGCAGUAUGAUUUGUCGCUUGCCAAGAAAGGGAUCAGGGUUUGCAGUAUCCGGCUUGCUCCGUACGUGUAUGGACAUGGGGGCAGUGGAAUUAGGCUUUUCAUGAAACUGGCCGCCAGUAUGGGCGAAGUGAUUGUCGUCGACGGAGGAAAAGCCGUUACAUCGACCGUGCACGUCGACGAUGCCGCCCGACUGUACCUCCUCGCAGCUGAAAAGGCUCCCGCCGGAUCCGUCUAUAACGCGACAGGCGCUACCGACAUUACGAUCCUUCAGCUUGCUGAAGCGAUCAGCGACGUGAUGGGCAUUCCCACCAAACAUUAUACAUUAGCGGAGGCAUCCGAAAAGCUGGGGAGCUUCUUUGCUGGCUUCCUCAGGUCUACAUCCCGCGCUUCUAGCGCCAAGGCUAAGAAGGAGCUGGGCUGGGAGAUCAAGGAGAAAGCGGGCAUCUUGGAAGAUAUUAGGCACGGCUCUUACGUGGCUGCCGCGAAGGAAGUUCUGAGUAACCCAAGUGCAACUCCUACCCAUUAG